AUGGAUCGCGGGGACGCGUUGAUGAUCAGGCUCCUGGUCGAUGAAGGUGCGGACGUGGAGCCGUCAGACACUGAUCCACGCUUUCGGCCCGGGGCCCGCCGCCGAGGACCUCUCGGCCGCGCAGUAGAACGACGCCAGGAGGACAUUGCCAUGAUAUUGCUGGAUGCUGGCGCCAAGCCGGGGCGGUAUACCCUAUGCGGCAAGAGUAUGCUCCAUGUCGCUCUUUUGAUGAAAAGCAUGACCCUCGCCACUCGACUUCUGGAGAAAGGAGCGAGUCCUCACGAUUCGGGAAAAUCUGACCUGAGUCCGCUCAUGGUCGCUGCCCAGCUGGGCUCCCUAGACUUGGUAAAGCUUCUCCUGAGCUACGGCGCCUACGUUGAACAGGUCACCGCGAAUGGAUCCGUCAUGAGCCAUGCCGUGGCAUCCGGGAAUGUGGACUUGGUUGACUAUUUGAUCAAAUGGAAAUUCCCUGCAGACGACGUACGAGCAAGUCUCGCGCGAGAGGCAUUAAACCACAAGAAGUACGAUGUGUUUCAGUGUCUUGUCAAGGGUGGGGUUGUUGUUGAUAUCGGAGGAUCCGAGGGCCGUGAGUUACUCUCCCUUGCCACACGACAGGGGCUGUCGAAAUACGUCGCGCUGCUGGUCGAGUCAGGAGCUAGGCUCAGCACGCAUAGUAACGGGGCGACCACGCCACUCAUGGUCCUGGCGCAAGCUGGCUACUAUAAUCUCACGAAGAAACUUUUGGAUGAGGGGGACCCCACAGAGUAUACGGACAAAAUGGGCCGAACAGCGCUUUUCCUGGCCGUUAAGAGCAUGGCUGCCAUGGAUGACGUGUGCAAGACCGUUGCAGCCCUGCUAGACGCCGGGGCCAAUCCAGACAUCGUGUCGCAGGGCGGAGAAACGCUUCUGUCCCAAGUCAUGUAUGUCAAGCGUCUGAAGAUUGCAGAAAUCCUCCUCUCUCAUGGGGCAAACAUCGAGAUCAAAAACAACAAGGGGCGGACGACGCUUUCACUCGCGGCAAGUCGGGGUAACAAGCAAGUGAUCAAGUUCUUUCUUGAUCACGGCGCCGAUCCGACGACUGUCUUCCACCGGAGGUUUACGCCGUUGCGCUGGUUUUCUAGUCGCCAGAGGGGGACUCGUGAGCUGCUCGAGAACAGCGCCGCGAGAUGGAACAAGAGAGUUAUAUAG